CUAAUUUGGGAAAAUUCUAUGUGGAGAAAAUUGAUUAUAAUCACUCAAUGAUCAAAGUUGUGGAUCUUGAUGUUAAUCAAGGUAACUAUUCUUCACUACCUCUCUAUUCCCUUGGCAUUGAUAAGGUCACAACAGACAGCAAUCCAUAUUACUUUCAUCCUAAAGAAGCUCAUCUUUUCCUAAACUGUGGAAAACCAGUAAAUGAUAUUCGCUACAUGGAUGCUUCCUCUUGCAUUGAUGCUACUACUUUGUCCAAGUCUAAAAAGAGAAGGCAUUUAUCUAUGUAUGAUUCUAUUGAAGAAUUCUUGCAAAGUCACAAUAACCUUAUGUCAGUAAGGUAUUCUUACUCAAAUAUUAAGAAGUUGACAAAUGGCUUUAAGGAAAAACUAGGGGAAGGAGGUUUCGGCAAGGUUUAUAAAGCAGUGCUUAAGAGUGGUGGUCUUGCUGCAGUCAAGUUAUUGGGCAAAUCCAAAGUCACAAUCCAAGAUUAUUUCAGUGAAGUAGCAACAAUUGGGAGAUCUCACCAUGUCAAUGUGGUGAAACCAAGUGACCGUGCUUCGAUGAACAAAGUGGUGGAGAUGCUUGAAGCAGAUCUUGAAAGUUUAGAAAUGCCUCCUAGGCCCUUCGAAAUAUAUCCAUAUGCAACUGAAGAAGAUGAUGCUAAAAUGAAAACCAACUCCACAAACCUUUCUAGUUACUCGUCCUAUGAUGAUAUAGAGAUAGAAUCAGAAUCAGUCAGUUUAAUUGAAAAUGGAAAUUAAGCAAAAGGUUGCAGAGAAGCCUAAUUAAGUAGAGUUUUCUUUAUUCAUGAGUUACACAAAAACACGACAUAUCCAUCCCCUUUUGCUGUCCACUUCUCACCCCACCUAGAUGUCACAAUGGCUCUAAAUUUGCAUCACGUUUUUUGGUGUUCAAUUCUCAAGAAAUGGUUAAGUUUCUU